CCUGGGCCAGAAAGCGAGCUUCGUAGAAAUUUAAGUUCAGUUUUCACUGAACCUAUGCCCCAUCUGGCAUGCUGAGAGCUGACUGCCUUGUACUCAAGGCAGUGGGAGGUCUUGGCCGACACUUCCCUGUCCAUCUCUGCUGGAGGUUCUGAGGCAGGAUGCCGUCCAUCCCGAGAGGCACACAGAGGUCCUUCCAUGUGCUACUCUUGUUCCUGGUGCUGGCUGUGCUCCUGUUGGUUGGUUUUCUGCGUGUGGAUUUCAGACUGCUUACACCUACGUUCAGGGACAAGGCCCAGGAACCGCCAGUCACCAACAUCAUGUUCCUCAAGACGCACAAGACAGCCAGCAGUACAAUACUCAACAUCCUCUACCGCUUUUCCGAGUCUCACAACCUAUCCACGGCGUUGCCCGAGGGCUCCAGAGUCCACCUGGGCUACCCCUGGCUUUUUGUGACCCGGUAUGUAGAGGGCCUGAAGCAGGACGGCCGCCUGCAACACCACUUCAACAUCAUGUGCAACCACCUUCGGUUCAACUUCGGUGAGGUGCAGAAAGUCAUGCCCAAAGACACUUUCUACUUCUCCAUCCUCCGGAACCCGGUUUUCCAGUUGGAGUCUUCCUUCAUCUACUAUAAGAACUAUGCACCUGCCUUCCAGAGGGCCAAGAGCCUGAAUGAAUUCCUGGCAGACCCGUGGAGGUACUACAAUGACAGUGUGGACCUGAAAAAUGUCUAUGCAAAGAACAACAUGUGGUUUGAUUUCGGCUUUGACAACAACGCCCCAGCUGACGUGGACUACGUUCGCAAGUGCCUUGCAAAGGUGGAGCAGCGAUUCCACCUGGUGCUCAUCGCGGACUACUUUGACGAGUCCAUGGUGUUGCUGCGCAGGAGGCUGCGCUGGCAGCUGGAUGACAUCGCGUCCUUCAAGCUGAACGUGCGCAGCCCGAGUACCAUCUCUCACCUGACGCCCGAGAGCCAGGAGCGGGUCAAGCGCUGGUGCGCGCUGGACUGGCACCUCUACGAGCAUUUCAACCGCACCUUUUGGGCUCAGCUGCAUGCAGAGCUGAGCCCACGGCAGCUCACAGAAGAGCUGGAGCAGCUGCGGGCGAAGCAGCGUGAGCUCACCACCCUGUGUCUUCAGGAUCCCGAGUCCAAGAACGUGACGCACGUAGAUGACCUGAACCUGCGCCCUUACCAGAGCGGAAAGGCUAAGAUUCUGGGCUACAACCUUAGGCACGGUCUGGACAACACCACACUGCGUAUCUGUCAGAGGAUGGCGAUGCCGGAGCUCCAGCACAUGGCCCAUUUGUACUCGCUGCAGUUUCCCAACAAGACACCCAAGGACAUCUCGUUCCUGAAAGAGUAGGGGUUCAGCUAAGUGACCCUUUCUCCGUAGUCUGCCUCUCUGAAGUGAAGAAUGAGGAGAAACUGUGACGAGACCCACCCACCUCCAGCUUCGAGGAGAGGGCCUUACACCUAAGACAUCAGGCACAGCCGUUCCAUAGCAGAAUCCAGCCGUUGUAGAGACACGUCCUGGACAGGCACGAAUGCUAGCGCCCUUAAAUUAUCUGUUCGUAGAGCCAGUCUAAGCAGCCAUUCAGCUACGGGAGCACCAGAGCUUAGGUAGCGAGCCCGUGAAUCCAGGAAGAGACUCAGAAGCGUUCCCUGGGGUUUUCCAGCCACAUGAGUUCAGCACUGGUGACAUCGCCACGCCUGUGUAGCGCGCAGAGGCAGUGGUUUAGAGGUGGGCCUGGGAGAGGCAACCUUCCAUUUUAUGAAGAAUGGGGCAGACUGAGGUUGUUGGUUAACCUGAGCACAGGCUUUGUAGCUUCCUGCUGAAGGAAUUGAAGGAAGGAGGACGUGCCUGACUUGCCAGAGGUGCUCAGCGGGGUACCUUUGGUUGCCUUGGAAACCAUAUUGUAUAUACUCUCAGGGAUCACCUUUUGGGUGCCUCUCUUAAUCAUUCAUGGAGAGAGACUAAGUACCUAGCACCCAGCUCUGGCAGGAUAAGGUACCUGGUUACCUGGGGUCCCUAAAUCAGGGUGCCCGAGGUGUUGGGAAAGAAGCCACUGUCACAUAUUCGGCCUGGAGUUUCCGCCUGAGCCUUGCUGGCUGAGUUUGGGUGGAGGUUUUUCUUCUGUGUCUGUCGGCCCAGCUCUGGGCAAGACAGCCCAUGUACCUUUGGACAUCAAACAUUUUAAGAAAAGUAAUUGUCAAAAAAAAAAAAAAAAAAGAGUAAUUGCGGGUGAGUUUAGAGAUGGUACAAUGAGUUUGUCAAUCUAAAAGGACAUUGUAAAUUGAAAAUUGACUCUCCCAAACUAAACAGAGAUUGUAAAAAAUGCCAGGUACGCUGGCUCAGACCUUUAAUGCUAACACUGGGGAGGCAGAGGCAAACAGAUUUCUGAGUUUGAGGCCAGCCUGGACUACCUAGUGAGUUCCA